AUGGCGGCCCAAAUAAUCAACACAAAUUUAGAUGCCAAUGGCGAACUCGUCGCUGUCAUAUUCGGAGUCACCGGUUUGGUCGGAAAACAGUUGGCCAAAACCCUUCUCUCCACCGCCGGCUGGAAAGUCUACGGCGUCGCACGGCGGCCGGACAAUGUCUCUCCCAUCUCCCAUCCCAAAUUCCAUUUCAUCUCUUGUGAUUUGCUCGACCGCCAGUCCGUUCAACAGAAUCUCUCCCCGGUUCGCCACGUCACCCACCUCUUUUGGAUCACUUGGGCCGCUCAGCUCCGGUUGGAUUCCCCGGGUUGCUCCGACCAGAACCGGGCCAUGUUGGCCAACGCCCUCGACGCCAUUCUCCCCUCCGCGCCGGCCCUCCGCCACGUCUCUCUACAGACCGGGGUCAAACAUUAUGCUUCGUUGACGAGACUCGCCGCUGGCUGCGGCGGAAGAGAGGAGGUGGUUUAUUGUGAGGAUAGUCCGAGAGCGGAAUCUGGGAACAAUUUUUAUUACGUGUUGGAAGAUCUCCUCCGUGAGCGGUUGUCCUGUGGGCGGAGGAUGGUGGCGUGGAGUGUUCUCCGGCCCGGUUUGAUAUUGGGAUCUUCGAACCGGACUUUCUUUAAUUUCAUGGGGAGUUUGUGUGUUUAUGGUGCCAUCUGUAAGAAGUUGAAGAUGCCGUUUGUGUUCGGCGGCACGGCAGCAUGCUGGGAGGAGGUUUAUAUCGACGGUUCCGAUGCUCGACUCACGGCGGAGCAGCACAUGUGGGUCGCAACUAAAGCUGUUGAAAUAAAUGCAACUGCAGAUGGAGAAGCAUUCAACGUUUGCAACGGGUGGAGUUUCCGGUGGAAGGAGAUAUGGGGGACGGUGGCGGAGAAACUUGGAGUGGCGACGACGGCAGAGGAAGAGAAGGAGAGAAUGUUUUCGAAGGAGUUUCACUAUACGGCGGCGAUGGGGGACAAAGGGAAGGUAUGGGCGGAGAUAGUGGAGGAGGAAGGGUUGGUCGCGACGGAAAUGGAAGAGCUGGCGAAUUGGGUGUUCUUAGACACAUUGUUUAGGCUGCCGGAAAAAAUGGUGGCGAGUCGAGCUAAGUCCGACCGAUUUGGGUUCAAUGUAAAAUACAAGAUGUUGGAUUCUAUCUUGUAUUGGAUUGAUGUCAUGAGAAAUGACAAAUUGAUUCCUUCUUAAUUAAUAUAAUUAAUUUGCCUUUCUUUU